AUGGGUUCCCUUCGACUUCUCCUGCUUGCAUCAGUUGCUGCUUUGGUUUCUUGCCGCGACGUUCCUGACAACAUCAAGGCUUUCAAAGAAAGCAUCGUCAAGCAGGGUUCCUGCAAUGAUCCUCUCGCCAAGGGGUUUCAUAGCGCCGAUGGCGACGAUGGCUCCUACGUCUACUGUGGCGACCACGUAAAAGACUACAAUGUUAUAUAUCUCCAAGGCACUGAAGGCAAGCUCGUCAACAUGGACAUCGACUGCGACGGUAUCCAGGGCAGUUCUGCAGAUGAUGGACGCUGUGGAUCUUCAGGCGACACGCAAUCUGUUACCUCUUUCCAGGAUCGGCUUCGAACAUACAGCACAAAGCAAAAGGAUCUCGACGCCAACAUCCACCCUUAUGUUGUCUUUGGGAACCUAGGCACUAAGAAGAACUGGCCAACUUUCGAUGCGCAAAAGCAUGGUAUCAAGCCCUUGAGUAUCAUAGCUGUUGUAUGUGGCGAGAAAAUGUUUUACGGUAUCUGGGGUGACGAAAAUGGUGACGAUGGCGAGGAAUCCAUGGUGGGUGAAGCCGCCAUCUCACUCGCAACAGCAUGUUUCGGCAAAUCCAUGAACGGCAACAAUGGUCACGACGCAGACGAUGUUUUAUACAUCGCUUUCCCUGGUAGCGACGCCGUACCAGGAGAUGACGGUGCUGAUUGGAACGCGACAAACUUUAAGGACUUUGAGUCGAGUCUCAGCAGUGUGGGAGACAAGCUGGUAGCACGGAUCAACGACACCAGCAGUGGCAAUGGGACGGAUAGUGGUGAUGAUGACAGUGGUGCGACUCGGGUGUGGUCUACGUGGGGAGUGGGAUUCUGUGUUGUUUCGGUAAUGGCUGCCAUGAUGAUCUAG